CAACUGUCUCCUCACUGGAGUCAUGAACCAGUCCCGUGCUGGCGCCCGCCUGAGCAUCGUGCUGGGACACCCUGGCCAGUGUUUGGCCAGGGCCGGUGUAACUCACCCCACUUCAGGGGCUGUUUCUCCUAACAGUUUCCAUCCUCCACAAUUCCAGUAUACUCGGGAAAAUAAUGUUCUAAGCCUAGAACAGAGACAAUUUUAUGAAGAAAAUGGGUUUCUUGUCAUUAAAAAUUUGGUAUCUGAUGCUGAUAUUAAACGCUUUAGGAGCGAGUUUGAAAGGAUCUGCCAAGGGGAGGUGAAACCAGAGCAAAUAAUGAUAAUGAGAGAUGUGUCCAUUGCAAAAUCAGAAUAUAUACCAAAUGAAAAGACAGUUUCAAAGGUCCAAGAUUUUCAAGAAGACAAGGAACUCUUCAGAUACUGCACUCUCCCUGAGAUUCUGAAAUAUGCGGAGGGCUUCACUGGACCCAAUAUUAUGGCCAUGCAUACAAUGCUGAUAAACAAACCUCCAGAUUGUGCGACCCGCCACCACUUCCGGGGUCGAGCGGAGAAUGGCGACGCCUCCGCUGCGGAAGGAGGAGUUAGGGGCGGAGCCGCGUUUGCGUGCCGCCUGAACGCGCAGGCGGACUUUGCGCAUGCUCGCACGAAGGCGUCUCCAACUCCGCUUCGGGUGGCGUUUCGCUCACGCUGUUCCCCAGUCGGGAGGCUGCGUUUAGAGUUGCCGAAGGAUUGGGCGUUGGGCAGAUUCUUUUCCCGUCAUCAGUUCUGUCUUCUGACCCCCUACUCCACGCAGACCCAAGACUCUGUUCAUGCCAAGUAG